AUGUCCACAGCUCCAGCAAUGUCACAACAUCCCGUCAGCGACCAGCCACGUGCUACGACGCAGGAUGGCGAUCAUGGUGCUCAGAACAGACCUGUUGCUACUAAGGAUAGUAUGAUGAAGGCCGUCCGCUUCCAUGGCAAGGAAGACCUGCGUUUCGAGGACAUACCGGAGCCGGUCUGCGGGAAGGGCCAGAUCAAGAUCAAACCGGCGUGGUGUGGAAUCUGUGGUAGUGACCUUCACGAAUACAUGGGUGGUCCUUCUAUUUGUCCGACCAGUCCGCACCCGAUCACUGGCGAGCAAGUGCCGCUGACCUUCGGGCAUGAAUUCUCUGGUGUCAUCGAGGAGAUUGGUGAGGGAAUCUCAGAUAAAUUCAAGGUUGGUGGCAGAGUCUGUGUUCAGCCGAUCAUCUAUGAUGGCGACUGCGGUGCAUGUCAAGCAGGCCUGAUCAACUGCUGCUACUCGAAUGGAUUCGUCGGCUUGAGCGGGUGGGGAGGCGGACUAUCCGAGCAUCUGGUAGUGCCUGAGUAUGCUGUCCACAAUCUCCCAGAUAACGUGGGCCUCGAUGUCGCAGCACUCGUAGAACCUCUCGCGGUCGGCUGGCACGCAGUCAACGCCUCACCAUUCAAGCCAUCAGACUCCGUGCUCAUCCUUGGUGGCGGCCCAAUAGGGCUGUCUGUUAUACAAGCUCUUCGUGCUCGCGGCUGUAAACAGAUCAUCGUCAGUGAGAUCUCGUCGAUGCGCAAGCAAUACGCGAAAGACUUUGGCGCGCACGUGGUGCUUGAUCCAACCAAGGACGACAUCGUUGCAAGAUGUCGAGAGCUCGCGGACGGACAGGGAGUGAACGUGACAUUCGAUGCGGCGGGUGUACAGCCAGGUCUCGACCAGGCAAUCUUGGCUUUGCGAGCAAGAGGCACACAUGUCAAUAUUGCCAUCUGGGAGAAGCGCGCGAGCUUCUACCCAAACGAUCUCGUGUUUCGGGAGAAGAGCUACCUUGGUGUGGCGACUUACGUGGCAGGCGACUUCCAGGAAGUGAUCAACGCCAUCUCCGACGGUCGAUUGGAUCAGUGUAAGAAGAUGAUCACGAAGAGGAUCGGCCUUGAUGAAGUCGUGGAGGAGGGCUUCAAGGCGCUGGUCAAGGACAAGGACAAUCAGGUGAAGAUUCUUGUGCGAGCUUCAGGCGAGAUGUGA